GAGAAGAGGCCGCACAGCCUUUUCUUAAUCAUUUGAGAAACUCAUCCUCCGAUCUCAUACUUACACCGUUCAUUCACUGCGUUGGCCCCGGGUUGGCCCUAGACAUGACUUCACAGUCGUUCGAUUUACCAUACUACGUACUUGUCUCACAUGCACCAGGAGCGAGCGGUCAAACUGCACCAUCAUCGACGACUUUCAGCCACCCGAUCAUUGAGUACCACUAUGCUGAUGAUUCCCCGCGUAAUUUACUUCCAAGAGAGCCUAGUGAACAUGUCCUAGUUCUUGACUACAAUGUCUCCGAAGGCGCAACUCCAGAUGUAAAAAGCCUAUCUGCGGACUUGGCAGUUGCUGGGCUGAGGAUUGCUGAAGCUCCGGGAGCGGCUGCUCACGAGGAUGGCAAUAUCCCGAAUAACAAGAUGUUCGUGAUAGACACUAUCAAUUUACCUGAAGAAAUAGUUGAAGAAGAUCAGUUCGAGUCCGCUCAGGCUGUCCUAGCUCGUUUCAAGCAAAGAAACGCUAUCCUUCAUCGGGCCUUUGACUAUGCUCGACCUGCUGAUCAAUCGAGUACCGACGUUCAACAUACACCGACUAAUGCAAAUCCACCUGAAGAACGAUAAUAACGCGCAUUUCCGUCUUUGACAUAUGCUCAACCCUUGCAUAUGUGCAUGGUGGGCAUUCGACGGAUGAGCUCCUUGCUAAUAACUAAUGAUCAUUUAGGCUCAGAUGAGGCAUACCAGCAGUUGCAUCUCUGACGAGGUCCGCUUGACCCCUGGGAUGCCCGCCAGCAAUACUUUCUACUCUGAUUGUUACAACCUAAGUCAUGAACCGACAGUGUGGUUAUUCGGCGGAUUGAUUUUCUGUCGUCUGUCUUAAUGUCCAGAGCAUACAGGUGCCCUUUUAGCAUGGUUCGAUGUAGGAGACGAGGAUGCACAUACUUCCUCUGCUGAGAAGGUUACGUUUUGAAUUUCUACCCGCAAUCCGCGAUGAAUAUAUACAAUAGUCUAG